UUCCUCUUAAAAAAAGUAUAAAAGAUUGGACUCCUCAUUGACCAUCACACAAUCUACACUGAAGUUCUGAAAGCGAAGAUAUGACAAAAAGACUCAUGGCAGUCAUGAGAGCUCUUGUGUUUCUUUUCUUGGUCUUUUCUGUUGAGAAUGCAGCAGCUCAUGAAUGCCAUCAUGGAUGGACACCUUUUGGUACGAAAUGCUACAAAUUCUUCUCUGAGUCAGUUGACUGGGUCACAGCUGAGAAAAACUGUCAAUCCGUUGAUGCAAAUCUUGCAUCUGUGCGCAGUACAGUGCAAAACAACUUUCUCCUGAGUCUGAUUGUGUCUGCUGGGAAACGUGUUUGGAUUGGUGGUCAUGAUGCUGAAGUGAAAGGACAAUGGCUGUGGUCUGAUGGAUCUCAGUUUGACCUUACCAAUUGGUGCUCUGGACAACCUGACAAUAUUGGUGGUAAAGAGAACUGCCUGGAGAUAAACUUUACCAAUAACCUGUGCUGGAAUGAUGCGCCCUGUUCACUCACAUACAGCUACAUUUGUGCCAAACCUCUGAGAUCAUGAAAAAUCUGUCUGAUUCAAAAGGACUGUGAUUGUACUGUACAUGUAGGCUACAAAAUUUUUUCUGAUCUUAUCCUUAAAACUCAGUAUCUUACUGAACCUUUCUGAAAACUUCUCAAAUCAAUAAAAGCAUUUAUAAAGGAAA